AUGUUGGCGUUAUUGAAAGUUGCUUCUGGAAAACGUCAAUUAAUUGAACAGGCUCGGUAUCUUAGUGAAAUGCCAAAAGAUGCAUUUGCGUUAAUUGUUGGUGGUGGCGUUGUUGGGACAUCGUUAGCCUAUCAUUUGACGCUUCGCGGUAUUCGUGAUGUUGUUUUAUUGGAAAGAGGAAAAUUAGCAGGUGGAAAAGCGUUGCAUUCGCCAGGUCUGGUUAGCUCGGCACAUCCAAUUCAUCGCUAUAAACCGUUCCUUGCAUGGUCUGUUGAACUAUACGCACGUUUACAAGAGGAAGCAGAAGAAAAGCUUGAAUUUUUUCGUCCGGGAACAUUAAGAUUAGCAACCAAUGAAGCACGUCUGGAUGAAUUUCGACAGUACACAGCUCGGGAUUAUUUUCAAAAAGGUGAUGUAGCAAAAACAACACUAAUUGACGCAGAUAAAGUGAAAGACUUGGCACCUAUUUUGGAUACGAAAACUAUAUUAGGAGCUUUAUAUACUUCUGGAGAUGGUUACAUAAAUUCUCAAAAUCUCACGCUUGCUCUCGCUAAAGGUGCUGAAAAACGUGGUGCUGUGAUUAUUGAACAGUGUCCAAAAAUCAAAGCAGUGGAGGAGGGAAAAACUGAUUGGGUCGUGAAAUUUGAUGAUGGUGGCCAAAUACGAGCUCGAAAUAUUAUAAAUGCUGCAGGUCUGUGGGCCCGAGAAUUUGGACGAUUGACAAAUUUGGAUAUACCCCUUGCAAUAGUCGAGCACCAUUAUGCACGUAUUGGUCCUUUACCUGAGGUAGAGCCACUGUUGGAUUUGCCGGCCAUUAUAGAUCAUGAAAGUACGUUUUAUAUACACAGAGAGGGUGAUGGUGUGUUAUUUGGUGGUUUCGAACAAAAACCUUCAGAUGUUGUUAUUCGGGAAGAUUGGAUAGAACGUAUGCCAGAAGAGGUGGUCAUUGAAGCAGAUUUCAAACGUUUGGAACGAGCUUAUGAACGCGCAUGUGACCUUAUUCCAUGCUUACGUGGUGUUAAUGUUGAUGCACGAGCAUCUGUUGUUACAAUGAUGGCAGAUGGUUAUCCACUUGUUGGACCUAUCAAUCACAAACAAAAUUAUUGGCUUCAGGCUGGAUAUUUCGACGGUAUUUCAAGUGGUGGUGGAAUGGGAAAGUAUCUAGCAGACUGGAUAAUCGAUGGUGAGCCUCCAUCUGAGCUAUUCGAUACUGAUGCUAAUAGGUUUGAUCGUUGGGUAACACGAGAUUACAUUGUCAACAAGUGUCGCGAAACAUAUUCAAUGUUUUACAAUUGGUCAUACAAGAAUCGGCUAGUUGGACGGCCUACAGGACGUAUAAGUGGAAUUUACGGGCGACUACAGAAGCAAGGAUGCUUUUAUUUGUUCCGCAAUGGCUGGGAGGUCGCCGAAUCAUUUGCUGCGGAGUAUAAAGAUAAACUGCCGAAUAUGAUACGUGAAUAUGAGUUGGUCUCGAAUAAAUGUGGUGUGAUCGACUUAUCCUGGCGCGGCAAAAUUGAAGUACGUGGCAGGGAUUCCGAAAAGUUGCUUAGUUAUGUACUAGCUAGUGAGCCGCCUCAACUAGGCGAAGUAUCAUCGGGAUUAAUGCUUACGAAAAAGGGGAAUAUUUUCGGAUCAUUAGACCUUUUCCAUCAUGAUCAGUACAGAUUAGAAUUUAUACUUUUAACCGACCCAGAACGAGAAUCUCGUGAACUUAACUGGCUGAAAAGAGCUGCAAUUGAGAUGGACGCUAAUGUGGAAAUAUCCGGCGUAAGUGAAUAUUUGGCUUCGCUUGCUGUUGUCGGUCCAAAAAGUCGGGAAGUACUAGAAGAAUUAACAAAAUCGGAUUUGGAUUUUAAACAAAACGCUGCGCGACUAAUGAGACUUGGCUCGGAACCAGUUAUUGCUGUUCGUACUACAGCUGCUACAGGACAGCUUUCUUAUGAACUUUAUCAUAGCAGAGGUGAUACACUUGCACUCUAUAAUUCAUUAAUGGAGGUGGGCAGAAAUUACGAUAUUGUUAACUUUGGCCAAAGUACAUUGAAUAUGAUGCGCAUUGAGAAUGGCUAUAAGAUAUGGGGCAGAGAACUUACGCUAAACACAAAUCCUUAUGAAUGUGGAUUGAGCCAAAUGGUGGAUUUGAACAAGGAAAACUUCAUUGGCAAAACAUCUUGCAUGGAGCUAUCGCAGAAACAAUGGAGUCGGAAGCAGGUACUUUUAAUUUGUGAGCCUCUUUCCAAACCUCAGGGGUGGAGAAUGAUACCGAAGCGAAUGGAAGUAAUUCGUAAGGAAGGUUCAGAGGAUCGAGUGGGACAGAUAACAUCGGGAACAUUUAGUGUUCGCCUUCAUCGACCACUUGCUUUCGCUUGGGUACAUUCGGAUAUCACUCCUGAGGAUAAGCUAUGGAUUGAUAUCGGUGGUUCGCAAGUACAAGGCAGAAUUUAUGAAGGUUCCUCGGUGUGUGACAUUGAAGGUAUCAAAUUUUCUGAAGAUGCCAUAUCUCGCUAG